UGGCUAACAAACUGUCAUGGCGGAGACCGAAGGACUUGUCAACGGUGUUGAAUCCCUAUCUGUGAACGACACGCCGCCUCCAGAAUCUAGUGACAAUGUCUCUGGCGAUGAAUAUCAUGUCAAGUGGGGAUUUUCCUUGGAGGAACUCUACAAGAUCGCCCUUAAGUUCUACAAAGAGAAAGAAGGAAAAGCCCUUCAGGUGACUUACAAAGACAAAUUGCGGCUUGUAGCAUACACAAAACAGGUGUCGUUUGGCAAGAUCCGCAAUGAUGUGUCGCCCGAUGUUGGCUUCCUUGACGUAGUUGGUAAUGAUAGACGGCAAGCCUGGCAAGCUCUAGGGGAUAUGUCGAAGGAGAGCGCCAUGGAGGAGUUUGUGAAGUUCCUGGAAGGGUCCUGUAACCUGUUCAAACCUUUCGUGGAGGCUCACAAAGCAGAGAAGGAGGAGAAACUAAGACAGCAGCAAGAAGAGGAGGAACGCCUGCGUCGUGAGGAAGAAGAGAGAAAGCAGCGGGAACUGGAGGAAGAGGCCCGGAAACAGCAGGAGGCUGAGAAACAACGGCAGAUGGAACAAGAAAUGCAGAUCCGAUCUGCGUUGAACCAGCAGACGGCAGCCCAGUUCCGGCAGUAUGCAGAGCAGCAGUAUCCAGGCAACACGCAGAUGCAAGAAGAGCUGAUUAGGCAACUGCAGGAACAGCACUUCCAGCAGUACAUGCAGCAGGUGUACCAGCAGCAGCUCAUGCACCAACAGCAGCAGCUGCAGCAGAUGCACACCUCAAACAACAACAGUAGCACUACCCUGCCUCAGCCUGCCACGCCCCAGCAGCUCAACUCCUACCCACAGCAGAGCAUGGACCUUGGACACAGGGAGGGUCAGGCGCUGGAGAAUGGCCAGACAGAUGGAGCUGAAGAAUCUAUUGCUCCAUCUUUGCCACAUAUUAUGCCUGCAUCAAUGUGGACCCGUAAAGAUUUGAAGCAGUUUAAGGAAAGUGUUGGAAAGUGCAAAGAAAAUGUGAUCAAAAUAGGUUCCCUGGCAACGGCCACGGUGCGUGUUCCAACACAUGAAGACGGCUCAUGCUUGUUCUGGGAGUUUGCAACAGAUUACUAUGACAUAGGGUUUGGUGUGUACUUUGAAUGGACGAUUGCUCCGAGUAACACAGUCAGUGUGCAUGUGUCGGAAGACACAGACGAGGAGGAGUUUGAAGAGGAGGAGGGAGGUGGUGAAGCCACAGAUGUCAAGGGAGAUGUUGAGAAAGGGAAGAAACAAGAUAAUCGUCCACCGACAGAUGAAAUAAUUCCAAUCUACCGUCGCGACUGCCACGAGGAGGUCUACUGCGGCAGCCACACCUACCCAGGGAGGGGCGUCUACUUACUGAAGUUCGACAAUUCCUACUCAUUAUGGAGGUCCAAAACUUUGUAUUACAGAGUGUAUUAUUCUCGGUAGGGGGCAGGGAUGGCACAGUAGUAAACAAGAUUCUGUAUGGGUUAUGAGGUGCGAGUGUGAUGAUACUGAGUGAAAGAUAAUAUAUGACAACUGACAUAGCUGCCAAACACCCUUCCUCUGACAGACAUGUAUAGAUCAAUACACAAAAUAGGGGAUACUAACUUCAAGGCAUUGAUUGCUUGUUCACAAAUGUUUGUAGACUAAGUUGAGCUGAGCGUAGAUUAAAUGUCACAUGUAGAUCAAUACACUACAUACCUUUACUUUGAUGUUUGUCACAGGGAUGCUAACUGCAAGGCAGGAAUUGCAUUUUAACCAAAAAUAUUUGUAGACAAUAUUGAGCCAAGCAUUGAUUCAGGGUUUCCAUUUCAGGUUGGAACAAAUUUUUAUGUUGCUUUCUUUUGGAUUGUUUUUUGUUUAAACAAAUAUAAUACAGUUUUAGGAUGGUUUUUAAUGAUUUAUUAUUAAUGGUGUAUAAAAUAAUAAGAAGGAAAGAAAGUGUUACAUAAGUGAAGUAGGUAUGGUGAAAGGGUUACUUCCAUUCCAUGUUGACACUGUAGAGAUCUUGACUGAAAUAUAAUUCAGAGUUACUUCCCUUUGUACAGUGACAGACUUCAAAGCUUUUUUCACCUCUACAAUAAAUGAAACAAAUUGACUGGAAGAAAAGAAAUCCCUUUAUUUUACAUGUGUGAAAAGGUUCUCCAAGGCUCACUGAGCUAGUUAGUUUUAAGAUGAAACGUUUCAGAGAUUUGUUGGUGUUGAUGGUUACAGACAUUACGUGUGGUACAUGGAAGGGUGUUGGUCAUGUCCUUUAUUUAGCUCUCUGGAGACAACCAUGAUAAUGGGGACUGUUAUGAAAAGCAGAUGUUUGGGCAGUGUUUUUAAGACAGAUUACUUACCAUGAUGCUUUUUAACAAGCAUCGCUUACACAUUCUUGCUUUCUUAAGUUCAAUUUACACAAAAUUUGAUAGUUUGAUUUUUUUCAUCUUGUUUAUCUCAAUUGGUUGAUAAGCUUAGUUCCACUGGAAUCUCAUCUUAACCAGAAAUGAAAGAUAUUUGUGGGGAUUGUGGGCUCACAACUGAAGUCUGCUUAUUAUUUGCAUAACAUGCUGAAAACAUGUUAAAUCAUCACUCUUUUGAUCCCAGUGUAUGUAGGGAGAAAGUCAAGCAUUUUGGUGUUCACGAGCAGCACGAUCAAGAUCUUCAUCCUUUGUUUCAUCAAUACUGCUCUCACACAGCAACGACUGUGCAAGGAGGUAUUAGAAUGAGUUUUUUAGAGCUGUGUGGCCAUGUAUGGCUUUAAUGAAGCCAUCACAAUGUCUUGUUGAAGUGUGAUCUGGCUAAAGUCAAUACAAUUGCUAACUUUCUGCUGAGUCAACAUAUUUUU